CCAGCAACUCGACCAAUUAUAUCACGGCAUUCGCAGCUUGCUCCCGCCUUAGCCUGAUGACGCAGCGGUCACGUGUUGUUUGUGUCGCGGUCCGUAGAGAUGUGUGUACAUAGGGAGUGAGAAGGCAGAUUGGCAGCGCCGCUAGGAUCUACCGAUAAUAGAAACGGGUAAUGUGGUCAUGUUGCAGAGGCUUGGCUUGGUUUCUCUGACGCGGCUCACAGGAGCGCAUCAUCAUCAUCAUCAUCAUCAUCAUCAUCAUCGGGGUUAAUAAAUUGCGCCGCUGCCGGAGAACACGACCCCCUCCAUCCCUCCCUCCCUCCCUCUCUCCCCAAACAAGAAUGGGGUCUCAUCGCGCAGCACUGACGCGAAGAUAAACUUGUCCUAACGUUUACUUACUCUAAAUGGCACAUCUUGUGAAUUAUCCAGAGGGCAACGCCACCAUGCUGAUCCUGGAAGCGCAGCAGCGGAGUGUCGGAGCUAAAGCUGCUACAAACGGCGGUCCCUCCGGCGGGGAUCCCCCUUCUGCCCCGCCGUACCAUCAUCAACACCACCAGCAGCAGCAGCAGCAGCAGCAGGCGGCGGCGGCGCCGAACACUCAGCAUCAACCGCAGGACCACCACAAUCACCACCAUCACCACCACCACAAACAGCAGCAUUUUGAUCACGAAAACUAUCAACAGUCUCCGGCGCGUAAAAGUCUCCUGUCUUCUCUGAAAGCAGCACAUGAGGAUUGUGCUGCUCCGAGCCACACACAGACGACCUCAUCUGUAAACACCGGCGCCGCGGCUACAGACGGACUGGACGACAUCAGGAAGUGCGGCUACCUGAGAAAGCAGAAACACGGACAUAAGAGGUUUUUCGUCUUACGCUCGGCGAGCCGUUCAGGGCCGAGUCGAUUAGAGUACUAUGAUAGUGAGAAGAAGUUCCGGAGUUGCCUUCGCUCUGUCGCCGCUUCCGCCGCCUCCGCCGCCUCCUCUACCGGAGCUACUGCUGCUGCAGCGAGCGCGUCUCCUCCCAAACGCGUGAUUUAUCUCUAUCAGUGUUUCACUGUAAACAAAAGGGCGGAUUCAAAGAACAAACACCUCAUAGCUCUCUAUACUAAGGACGAAUACUUUGCGAUUGUUGCCGAAAAUGAGCAAGAGCAAGAGGACUGGUACUUGGCGCUUAGCGACCUGAUGUGUGAAGGUAAAAAAGGCCACUCGGAGGCUGACGAGCUCGACGACGGCUACGGUACAGUAACGCCAGGCACCGUCUUCAAAGAAGUCUGGCAGGUAAACGUUAAACCUAAGGGGCUAGGGCAAACUAAGAAUCUCACGGGUGUGUAUAGACUUUGUCUCUCCUCUAAAACUAUCCACUUAGUCAAAUUGAACUCUGAGACCCCAUGCGUAAACCUGCAGCUUAUGAACAUAAGGCGCUGUGGCCACUCAGAGAGUUUCUUCUUUAUAGAGGUUGGACGCUCCUCUUCUAUUGGUCCUGGUGAGUUAUGGAUGCAGGUUGAUGAUUCUGUGGUGGCUCAGAGCAUGCACGAGACCAUUUUAGAUACAAUGAAGGCUCUAAAGGCCUACGCCGAGUUUAGGCCCAGGAGUAAAAGUCAGUCAUCGGGCUCUAACCCAAUGGCUUUCAUGACCACACGGCGCCACCUCGGAAACCUCCCACCCAGUCAGACAGGACUGCAAAGGCGCUCUAGGGCUGAGUCUGUGGUUGGCACGCCACCUAGCAGUAAAAGCAGUGGUGCGAGUGGAUACAGGUUUCGCACCUCCAGUGAAGGCGAGGGCACCAUGAACCGCCCGUUUCGGUCAGUUACGGGCAGCCUGAUCCAUCUCAAUACAGCUCGUGCUAAUUUAGGUAGACAGGAGAGCUGUGGUGGAACGGGAAGCCGAUAUGUACGAGCACCACCGAGUGCAACCUGUCAUGCUCGUUCUGCUUCACUUCCGGUGUCUCACUUCCCCUCCACCACUAGUCCUGUCAGUAUGUCCAGUAGCAGUGGCCAUGGCUCUGUCACCGAUACCAACACACGGCCUUCCAGCGCUUCCAUCUGCGGUUCGCCCAGUGACGGAGGCUUUAACUCGUCUGAUGAAUAUGGCUCCAGCCCUGGAGACUUCCGCUACUUCAGAGUACGAAGCAACACACCUGACUCAUUGAGCAACACGCCACCCAUACGGGAGGAGCACUGCCUCAGUGACUACAUGGCCAUGGGCUGGAGCCGAGACAUGUUUAGUGGGAGUGCUGUGGAUGCUUCCCGUGAUGAAACUGCAGAUGAAGAUUCACGAUUGUUUAGGAGGCGCACUCCUUCCUUUUCCAGACAGGUUGGAGCAAGCAGUGCCGGUGGAGUAGCUGUUUACCAGAAGAUGACUCAGACCAACUUCUCGCUGGACGAGGCUGUAGCUGAGGGAAGCUUUCUGGGCAGCAAUGGUCAGCUUGCCAGCAUCUCUUCAUCACUUCGUUCUGAUUACAGCUCCAGCUCUGAACACAGCCAGGACCACCCCCCUGCGUUACGGGCUGCUGACUCUUUUAAAGAUGAUGGAUACAUGCCCAUGAUGGCUGGUGUGGUGCCCUCUGCUCGAGAUACAGAUUACAUGCCUAUGCAACCCAGUCCUCUAGUCUGUGCCUCCCCACAAAUCCAGAACAUGUCCUCACCUCCCUCUCAACCCAUUGACUCACAAGGCUACAUGAUGAUGCUCCCAGGUGUUAAUGAGCCUCCCAUGCCUGCCAGCCCUCACAUUAGCGGCAGGGGCCUAAGACAAAGAGCUAAUGAGCAUCCUGAAAAUGGAGAAUACAUGGAUAUGACUCCGAGCAGGCCCAUGACAGGCAGAAGAAAAAUUUCUAAUGAGAAUUACUACACACUUAACGCACCUGAGAAACCCAAUUCAUACAGCUCAUAUUUCUCCCUACCACGUUCAUAUAAAACCCCAGCAAAACAUCGUCAUGAGCAUGAUGAAUACGUUCCCAUGAGUUCACCUGCAAAACCUGUCUACAUCUCGCCAAGUACCACACCUGAGCACAAUGGCUGUAACGAUAUGAAUAGCCAAUCACGUCCAAACCGCCUUUCCCUAAGCCGACGCAGUUUCCAUGGGUCUUUACAAGCCAGUGAGAUGGUGGAAUGUCCCUCCAGUCCUGGAGAGUACAUUAACAUUGAGUUUGGUGACCAGGCCACAAACUCCCUUACUGCAGAGGACACUCUCACCAGCCAAAGCACCCACCGGCAGGACCGGCACUCUCCCCUUCCCCAGGACUACAUGAGUGUGGAGGUAGAUGGGCGUCCACCCAAAAGCCAGUCUUCACGUUCAUCACUGGUGGCCCCUUGGAACCCCCCUACUUACAUUCGUACCAGUGGUGGAAUUGCUUUGGGACAGCCAGAUGACUACACAGAGAUGAGCUGUGGUUGGCGUGAGGAGUGUAAAAGCCCCACGACUAUGCUGCAACACCUUAGUGUUUGUGAGCAGAGGUAUCCAAGCUCUAGCACACCUGUUGAGCCAAAGGUUAUCCGUGCAGACCCCCAGGGCAGACGGAGACACUGCUCUGAGACUUUCACAUCUACGGAAGUGACUGGAGCGAAUGGCAUGGACAAUGGCACCUCGGUGACUAGCACAGUUCCUCAGGUGGCAGAUAACAAGUGCCAGAGCUCAUCGUCCUUCGACAGCACAUGGAUGUGUGUGGAGAACAAAGUAGCAGGUGACAAAGAGGACGCACCGUGCCUGGCUUCAGACCUUGCUGAAGCAAGUGGUUCUUCUGUGAGAACUAGAAGGACUGUAUCUGUGGAACACCAAAAUGGCCUCAAUUACAUUGCCCUGGAUCUGAGAGAGGACCAAGGCACAGAGAGUGCCAGUGCUGAACCCCAGAUGCCAGCUUCUGGUGUGCUUCUUCCAGAAAAUGGGGAAUACGCCAGCAUAGAUUUUGCAAAAUCUGAGCGGAUAACUGCAUCUUCUAAAGAGUAAAGAUGAGCGUUGUGGCUUUCCUGGAGAGUGGAGGACCCGAGUCACCUCCUGCCCGUCACACACCGUGCAGCAACGAGCCCAGGGACCUCCACUUUGUUUCCUCGUCACGUCCUUGCUUUAAAUUUCGCCUCUCCUUUGAGAGCGCAUUAUCUUCUGGGUUUGGUGUUGUUUGAAGUCGCCGCUUUAAUAUUUUGAUCGUUAUUUUAACGUUUUACUUUGUAAUUGUGCAUAAAAAAAGGUUUUGCUCACUGACAUGCAGAGAUCCCGAUAUUUGUCAGCAGUCUCAUCUACACAGGUACAGAGUUUAAUGAUGAAAGAUCUCUGAUUAAAAUGCAGUUAUUGUAACUUAGGUUUCAGGUGCAUUUUUUUUUUUUUUUCUUUUCUUUUUGUUGUUGUUGUUGUUGUUGCUGGGCAGGACACAUUGUAUGCACAGAUUUUUCAGGGGUUGAGAGACAAGUUUACAAGUGUUAUUCCCCACAGCUUGUGUGUGUUUUGUUUGAAAAGAAGUCACACACACAAACACACAGACAAUCUGUGCUAUCCCAUAAUCCCGGUGGCUGUCACACACUCCGUGACGCGCUGUUGAGCUGUGUGGUCCCUAUUCAGGGCCCCAGCUGUGAUGUGACGUAGAUUUUUCGUGUGUUACAGAGACCAACUGUACUCUCGCACUCCUCCACUCCCCCUUUUCUCUCUUCCUUGGUAGGGAGCACACUGCCUCUUCUUCUCACUACCAAAUAUGCAGGAUUGACAGAAGGGGAGGAGCUGGCGGAGGAAAAGAGGAAGCAUCUAUUCUGGGACUAAACAAAAUGCCAGAUGAGAUGUGCUACACUCUCAGUGCGCUCGCAGGGCCAGCGUAGGGUCACAGAUAGCGUUACUAUAACUGACACGACUGAAAGCAGCUCGUGAGGCUUCCAUGUUCAAGGAAGCUCCCCACAGAGGCUCACGCUAGUUCUGAUACGAACAACAACUAGGCAGCGUCACGUUAAAAUGAAAACGUCUCAGCGUCUCAUUAGUAAGCAAAGUUCUGAGUUCUACAAUGUUAUGAAUACAACAAUAACACACUAAGACUGAUUAGAAACAUUAAGCCUUCUGACAGAAGAGCAAGGGUUUCUUGGUUUUUGUUUGGUUUUGAUCUUUCUUGCCAGCCGUUUUUCCUUUUUGUCUUCUCAGUAUUGUACACGUGCUUUGAGUGAGUGCCCCAGUGAAACAUCAUGGCACAGCAUUAAAGCUCAAUCUUUGCCUUACUGUUGUAAUUUAUUGUAGGCUUUUUUUUAAUGAAAGAAAACUAUAGAGAGCAGGAUGGAGGAGUAUAUGGUACUUUAUCUCCAGUUUGAGAAACUAGUUUUUUGGAUUUUUUUUGGUACAGAAAUCUCUCUUUGGUCCCUCUCCUUAUUUCAGUAAUGUGAUAUAACUAACCACACGUGCAACCUCUUCAUUUGAUGCUUGUACUGAAAAUUAAAAGGACAAAAAGAUAUUUUCAUGGUUGUGAAAUUGUUGGUACUAAAAUGUGAAUGUAAUGUCUUUAAACUCAAGUCCUUCAAUAUUUCAGUCCCUUCUGGUUAAGGGAGCUCUCUCUCUCUCUCUCUCUCUCUCUCUCUCUCUCUCUCUUUCUCGCUCUCUUGCGCUCUCUCUUUCUCUUUCUCUUUCUCUUUCGCUCUCUCUUUCUCUUUCUCUCUCUCUCUCUCUCUCUCUCUCUCUCUCUCUCUCUCUCUCUCUCUCUCUCUCUCUCUCUCUUGCGCUCUCUCUUUCUCUCUCUCUCUCUCUCUCUCUUUCUCUCUCUCUCUCUCUCUCUCUCUCCCUCUCUCACUUGCUCUCUCUUACAAAAAGCACAGGCCACAGCGACAGACUGUCAUUCAAUGAAAACAGGGCAUGUUUAAACUAGCUCUUAAUUUUUGUACAAUUAAAAAGAAGUGCAACACAAAUGCUGUGGCAUGAACCUUGCUUUCAGUUUCUUUGGUCCUGUUUUUAGGUACAGUUUGACACUAAUCUGUGUUACAGAGACUUUCAUGACUGAAAGCUCCUUUGGCACUAUUUUUAAAAACCUGCCUCAAAACAUUACAUUUUAAAAGAUCCAACAAAAGCUGCUGUUUGUUUGUUUGUGUUUUGACUGAAUAUUUUUUUGAGAAAUUCCAAUUCAAAAAGCAAGUCUUUUUUAAAUGACGUGUGACAAUAUACACAAAUGCACAGUGAUACAGAAUUAUUAUGCAAGUUAAGUUUAGUUUUCUUUUAUUUAGUGUAAAGAUUUGAUCUCUAUAAAAUUGGAUAUUUUUCUGAAUCUCAGAGUUUGGGGAAGUCGUGUUUUUCCCCAGAGUGGUGAGGCAUUUUGGUGAGGCAGUUUUGUAAAAUGUAUUUUGUUACAGUUGUAUUUUUAUUUUGCUGCUGUGUUUAAAAUAAUAAAGAAAAGGAAAAAAAAGAUGAAAGAAUUUGGUCAAUCGUGAUCUUAGUGAUUACUGUGAUGAUGAGCUGUCAUGGGAUCUGCUUUUGUUUAAUGAAAUUUGAAUGCUUUUGCUGGCAGAGUUGCGUUCAGAUACAGAGAUUUAAACCUGCUUUCAUUUUACUCCUUAUUUUUUUUUUGCUCAUCGAGUCUGAAAGGGAAAAACAAGAGGAGAAAAAAAUAUAUUAACAACCAUUCAUGGCUGCGUCCACUGUACAUACUGUUGUUUCAUUACAUGUUGACUUUUUUUCCCCAUCUUUUUCCUGUGGCUGGAAAAAGGAGAGUGGUCGCAGAUUUUGGAGCGUUACAUAGUGUUUAUAUUUAUCAGAUCUUUUGCUUUGAAUAGAGCUAUUGCAAUAAAAAUGUGGCAAUGUAA